GAGACGCUCAUAAUUCAACCGCUCCCAUCUUCCAGCUCGCUCCGCACCUCUCAUCCUGAUCUCAGCCCCCGGUCUUGUCUUUUUCGCUGACACAGUGCCUUAAAACAAUAUUUUCGCCCUUCAGACCCUAGCCGCAAAACACCCGCAGACAGCCAUGGCCAAAACUGCAAUUGCAUACAAAGAGAAGAUGAAGGAGCUGUCUGUUUUCUCCCUCAUCUGCUCCUGCUUUUAUCCAGAGGCACGCAACAAGCUGGUCGUCUGUGAGUUCGAAGACAUGGAGGUGAAGCCAAUCAACAAGCGGGCGUCGGGCCAGGCCUUUGAGGUGAUUCUGAAGCCCCCCUCCCCGAUGUCAGAUGCGGCCCACAGCAUCGCUUCGCCCCCCAAGAGGGAAGUGUCCCUAGAGGACAUCCAGAAGAAAUUGGAGGCAGCUGAGGACCGGAGGAGGUCCCAGGAGGCCCAGGUGCUGAGGGCCCUGGCAGAGAAGAGGGAGCAUGAGAGGGAUGUGCUGCUCAAGGCCAUGGAAGAGAACAACAACUUCAGCAAAAUGGCAGAGGAGAAGCUAACCAUGAAGAUGGAGCAGAUCAAGGAGAACCGGGAGGCCCACCUGGCAGCCAUGAUGGAACGCCUGCAGGAGAAGGAGAGACACGCAGCCGUGGUGCGCAGGAACAAAGAGCUGAGGGAGGAGCUGACAGCGUGAGCCCCACCUCUCCCCAACGUCCACCAAUCACGGCCCCCAACCCAGCCUCACCCCUGGAAACUCCACAGCAGACAGCAAGCCCUGGAGUCCUGGAGGGUGGAGGACUUCACUACCAACACACUACACCACCCACCCUGACCCAUACACACACACACACACACACACACACACACUCAGUAUUAACAGUAUUUUCCAUUAGAUAAUUCAUGAUUUAUUUUUUCCGAAGGGAAAAAAAAUCAACAACAUGAAAACAUGGGUAUUAUUUUGUAAAUACUUCCUUUUUGUAUCUAUCUUGAUGGGUAGGCUAGGCUGAUUGAGCGCAAACAAGUGUAUCAAAUGCACUGUGUUGUACAAUUUCAAAUGUUUCUUUUGCUAUCUAAUUAUUUAUUGGUUCUUGAAAUUUGAAUCUACAAUAAUUUUUUUGUGAAAGUCUUUUUUGGUGUUGUGAGUUGGUUGUUAGCUGACGUUUGCAUUGUUUUCUGAUGAUGUCAGUUUCUGUGUCUUUGUGAAGAAUGUUAACAGGUAGUGAACUCAGACUCCUGACAGUGCAUCCCAUUUUAUCACCUCACACACACACUCACGGACGCACGCACGCACGCACACACACACACACAAUUACACACACACACAAUUACACAGACACACACACACACACACACACACACACACACACACACACACACACACACACACACACACACACACACACACACACACACACACACACACACACACACACACACACACACACACACACACACACACACACAUACACACAUACACACACACACACAUGCUGUGAACUAACAUUAAAAAUCUGCCUAACUCUCGGCUUAAAAUGUCCACAUGUCCUCAAAUGAUCUUGAGGUAGCUGGAACAAGAGAGGUGAUUGGUCCUCUUUAACAAUGUGUCUCCAGAGGGAGCAGCUGUUUAUCACUUCCUCCAGACUGACCCCUGACUAUAUAUGGCAGCCUGUUCCCUAUAAAGUGCACUGCUGUUGACCAGAGUAGUGCAGAAAAAAAGGGUAUAGUGUUCCAUUUGGGAUGCAGGCCAGGUGAUUAACUUUAGCUUACUCUAGUCUGAUAUGUCCACGGAAUCUGGAGACUUGAAUGUUAUGAUGACAUCAUAGAGCCACCAUACAUGACAUCCUGGCCAGUAGAAUGUUCUAAAGCCCCCUUUCCUUUAUCUUGACAGACAUGUUCACUCUAAGUCUACAUGUGUGUGUGUGUGUGUGUGUGUGUGUGUGUGUGUGUGUGUGUGUGUGUGUGUUUCAAGUGAGGUGUCAUAUCAUCAGCGUCCUCUCUCUGGUAGUUCCAUACAUAGAGAAUGGAUACUCCACAUUCAGCACACUACAAUGACUCUGUUUAAAUAUGUCACAACGAUCUGCCUGCAUCCUCCACAAGCUGACUACUACAGUACAAGUGUUCUCCCUCCAUGUGUCUCAAGCUUCGCUGAAUAAAGCUUUGGGCUUCUGUCAACAUGACAUGUACCAUCUCAUUAUUUUCUGUGCUAAAGACAAGGGAACAUGUAAACUGCCAAAUAAAAGAACCAAUGACCUAAA